AUUUGGCCAAAGCUGAGCCUGCUCUCUUGGCAGCCAAAGAGGCUUUGAAUACUCUGAAUAAGGUGAACAUAUAUAUUUAGCAAGCCUAGUAAAUCACCUUUAUUCAUAAGGUAAUUGAAUGUUUUUAACCCCCUUGAUAUUAGUCCAUGUUUAAAUGUUGAAAUUGUUCUUAAAUUGUAUGUCAAAAUUCUGUCUUAAAUUUGACCUUAUAAACAAGUUGAUUUCUGAAGGCAAAGAUAUAAAGAGUUAAUGUUUAACAAAAUAAUAUAAUAAGCCAAGAUAUUGAUUGCAGAUGUUAAAUGAUGUCAACAAACAAGUUGCAGUUCCCAAGUAAAAAAAAAUGCUUGUAGUUUAAAAAAAGCCCAUAACAUGGAUAGAUUAUCAAUGCUUUGUGCAUUGAAAAAUAGGUUCAAUACCUACUGAUUUAUUGUUUUAAAAAUGUCCAGGCUAAUGAAAAUGUAUUUCUGUUACAUUUUGUAUUUUAUCAAAAGUAGGGUCAUUAACAACCAUUUAUCUUUGUGCUGAUUCCCUAGAACAAUUUGACAGAGUUGAAGUCCUUUGGGUCACCACCGGCUGCUGUGACCAAUGUGAUUGCUGCAGUGAUGGUGCUACUGGCACCUGGAGGAAAUGUGCCAAAGGACAGAUCUUGGAAAGCUGCCAAGGCCACAAUAAUGUCCAAGGUAGAGAGAGAUUUCAAUGGUUUUUAAAUAGUUUGACCAUCUUGAGUGAAACAUUAGAAAACAACUACAGUAGACGUAUGAAUGCACUGGGUUUCACUAUCAUCAUUCAGUUAUUACAUUUGGAUUACUUAAAGCACUUAAAUAAAUAAUUUCAAUUAAGAAAUAAUUCAGCUGAGUUAGCUUCCCUUGAUGUAACGCAUCAAACAGUAUAAAAUUUUAUUUUUAAAAACAUGCCAAUUCAACAGCAGUAAAUAUAUUAAAUUAAUUCAGCUAUUAAGUGUUACAAGUGUUACCUUUCAAUGACACAAAGGAAUAAAGCCAAACAUAUUUUUAUUACUUUGUAAAAUACAAGGCUUUUUAUCCUCGUGUUCUUAGCCAAAAACAGAAGUGGGUGAGGGGCCUGAAGGAAGUUAUUAAUUAAUAAUAUCAAUAAUUAACAAAAAAAAGGCAGAAGUUACGUACCCACUCAAUGAAAAUAAGCACUGAUGAACAACUUGGGUCAUCUAGGUUGAUGCGUUCCUUGAUGCUCUGAUGUACUAUGACAAAGACAAUAUACCACUUAGCUGCCAAGUGGCUGUCAAGCCAUAUCUGAAUGACCCCGAGUUCGACCCUGAGUUUAUCAAGGCAAAGUCCAGUGCAGCUGCAGGUAAAAUUAUUGAAGUUUACCAGUACAUUUACAGCUGUUAGCUUUGAAAACACUAAGUCUCCAUGUAUGGUCUCAGAACAAAUAUGAUAACAAAAAUGUUUUAUGCUGCGUAUGUUGUUUUUGUGUUAGUCAAGGAUUCAACUAAUUCACUUUGUAAUAAUCCUAAUUACAGCAAAACUAUUUGUUUUGUUAAAAUUAAGAUCAAUUUUGAUUUGAAUCAUUAAUGUAGGGUUAAUGUUAGUAAUAAAAAAACAACGACCAUCAAUAAUGUUAGGAUAUCAUUGAUUUAUUAAUUACCUGUUGACAAAAAUAAAAUUGUCAGGAUUAUUAAUAACUACCAGUAUUCAUGCUUUUCUUUGAACCUAUAUCAUAGUUGCUGCCUUGAAAAUAUUCAAAUGACCAUUUGAGAAAUGAUGAUUUACAAAACACAGUAAUAAGAUUUGUGAACGUUUCCCUCUAGGUUUGUGUUCAUGGGUGGUCAACAUCAUGAAAUAUUACGAGGUCUUCUGUGAAGUGGAGCCCAAAAGGCUUGCUUUGAAAAAAGCCAAUGAAGACUUAAAUGCAGCGCAGACUAAACUUGGGGCCAUUAAAGGUGAGAGACAAACAAAGCAAUGAUCAGAUUGAAAUGUAUUAUAAUAAAUGAAACUUAAUGUAAUAUAAUGUAUUAUAAGGUAAUGUAGAGUGCACUCUAAAACUUGCACCUUAAAUUAACUAAUUCUUGCUCCCCUGAUUUACACCUCUUUACUUGGUGCAGUUAAAUUAGUGGUAUGUUCAUGUGUUGUUAUUUCACUAAGUGUAGUUGUAUCAUUAUUUUUCUUUUCUUUAUUCUGUUUGUGCUAGGAAAAUUUUCAUUUGUAGCCAUUAUCUGUCGUAUUGAAAUAGAAUUUUUCUUACCCUGCUAACAUAGUUUUUUUAAAAAUGAAACAGAGUAUUGUGCCGUUUUUAAGUUAAUGUAUAAGUAUACAUUUACAAUAGCCAAAAUUCCUGCUGGACUGAGAUGAUGAACUUACAUAGUGUGUCAUUUAAUGAUAAAUAUAUAUUUGUCUGCUAAUGACCCACUGUAUACAAUUUUAUGAUGGUAUUUGUUAACAGCCAAAGUGUCAGCACUGGAGGCCACGCUGAAUGAAUGUCAGGCAGAGCUCAACAAGGCAGUGAGCACCAAACAGAAGUGCCAGGAGGAGGCUGAUGCCACAGCUGCCGUCAUUGAGCUGGCCAACAGGCUGGUCGGUGGUCUGGCCUCAGAAAAUGUUCGCUGGGCCCAAGCCAUUAUGAAUUUUCAUGAGAAUGAAAAAACCCUCCCUGGAGAUGUCCUCCUUAUCACAGCUUAUGUUUCAUAUGUGGGAUCAUUUACCAAAGUUAGUUCUUCUUCUAUAUUUUGAGAGCCCACGAUCAAUGUAAUAAUCAUUCUAGCUCCUAGUUGCUAGGAAGCCAAUGAAAGAAAACAUUUUAAGAUAGUUGAAAGAAAAAAAAUUGCUGGAACAACUUGUUCAUGUCGCUUUAAACAUAAAUAUUUUAAAAGGAUAUUUACUUUUGAUAUAUUAAAUUGCACUUCAGAAAUCCUUAAUGUAUCACUCCCAAAGAAAAUAGAAAUUUAUGGAAACAAUUUUUCAGGUGUAUCGUGUGGAUCUGCUGGACAAUAAAUGGCUAGCUUUUCUGAAAAAGCUGAAGCAUCCUAUCGCAGUUACAGAGAACCUUGACCCUCUUGUCAUGUUAGUAGACAGUGCUCAGGUAAGGUAAUAAUUAGUUUUCUUAAAAUCAAACCCAUUACAAAGGUGCUUUAAACAGGGCUUCAAAGGACCAAAAUGUGUAUCGGCUUUCAUACCAAUUGUUCCAAUUCAUAAACUGAAUAGAAAAUUCUUGAAAAAAAAAAAAAAAUGUCAUUAUAUCCUCACAUGAAGUCCUAACAAAUUUUCCUAUUCUGGUGUCUUGCACAUUUAGCAUUUUGUUUAAGAGAAAAUUUUAGAUACUUAGAAUUAUCUUUGACACAUUAUGUAGAAAAAUAAACAUUUACUGUAAGCUUUUUGCUGAAACAGAUUGCUUGUUGGAGCAAUGAAGGUCUACCAAGUGACAGAAUGUCCAUAGAAAAUGCAACCAUCCUCACCAACUGUGAACGCUGGCCCCUCAUGAUUGACCCUCAGCUCCAAGGCUACAAGUGGAUCAAAACAAGAUAUGGAAAUAGACUAAAGGUAGGUACUCUUUGUAAACUAUUUACAGUCAAACUUAAACUUCCUUCACCUCUGCAUUUUCUAUAAUCUUUUUUUGUUCACAUUUAUAAAAACUGAAUCGUUUAACAUCAUGUUUUGUUAACAUCAAAAUAAAUGUAUGUAGAUUUAAUAAACACCCAUAAAUUUAUUAUAUCAAAGGUUUGGUGUCAUUAUUUGAUUCCAAUAAUAAACAGAAAUAUCUGCACGUCAUUUCUUAUUUUGCAUAUAACACAAUUCUAAUUCUCUUGUGCCAAUUUUUGUUUUUAGAUUGUUAAACUUGGAUCUCAUGGGUACCUGGAUGCCAUAGAGAAAGCUGUUGAGACCGGUGAAGUUCUGCUAAUGGAGAACAUUGGUGAAUCUGUUGAUGCCGUGUUGGACCACCUGCUGGGGCGUAACACAAUAAAGAAAGGUCGAGCCAUCAAGGUAAUCAUUUGUUCACAAGUCAAGUGACAUGUCAACAGUGAAAAAAGUGAAUUGACUUGGCGGUAUCAAACAGUAUAACAUUAGAAAAGACUUCAAUCAGUAAUCCUCAACUUAAACUGACAUUUUUACCAUAGCUUUUGUAUGAAUUACUCAUUCUGUAUUCCAAGUUUUAACUUGCACAUUAUAUGCAUACAAAUAAAUAGAUGAAUUCUAAUUUGAAAUUACAAUUUUUUAAAUCUAGCACAAUUUAAAUGUUCAAUGUUACAGUUUUUUAUUUUUUAGAAAAAUUAAUAUUUCACAAUUAUUCCUGUAUUAGGAUAUAUUAUGCAAAAGAAACUAGUGGACACUGCAUGUAGUUUUAAUUAAAUAUUUUAGUUGUAGACCCUUGGUAUCUUUUCCACAUCAAGUUUAGUAAUUAUUGUCAUUUUCAUCUUCAUAUUGUUACUACUAGAUGAUCACACAGAUUUAUAGAUGAUCACAAAGAUUUAUAAAUGAUCACAGAGGUUUAUAGAUGAUCACACAGGUUUAUAGAUGAUCACUUGUUUGAAACAUGUAGUUUAAUAAAAAAAAUUUUAUGAAACCAUGGGCUUAACAAACUAAUUCCCUGUAACAUUAUAGCACACAGCACAAGAUAUAAACAACAUUAAAAUUUAACAAAAACGCAGUGACUUAUUUCAGUUUAGAAAAAGGCAUCAAUUAUUUUCUGUAAUAUUUGCUUGCCAGGAUCUCGGAUGUUACUUGAUUAAUUAUUGUUUACAAUAUCUUCAGAUUGGAGACAAAGAGAUGAACUACCACAGAACUUCCGUCUGAUAUUACAGACCAAAUAUUUAAUAUUGUUUUAAAUAUCUUCAGAUUGGACACAAAGAGAUGAACUACCACAAAACUUGCGUCUGAUAUUACAGGCCAAAUAUUAAUUAUUGUUUUAAAUAUCUUCAGAUUGGAGACAAAGAGAUAAACUACCACAAAAACUUCCGUCUGAUAUUACAGACCAAACUUGCUAAUCCUCACUAUAAGCCAGAGAUGCAGGCACAAACUACACUCAUUAAUUUCACUGUCACGAGGUAAUAUAAUUCUGUCACAGCCAGAGAAUAAUUGAUGUUGAAACUAAUGUCAAACUAGAAAAAAAUAUAUCAGAAUUGUGUUUUGCUGUAAACCAUGGGAAUAACUAGCAGGAAAUGGUGCCAUAAAAAUAUAUGCCAAUAAAAAUAUGUAUGUGAGUAAGGUCAAGCUUUAUAAAAUUAAUCUGUACUUUGCCAUCCUUAGGCCUAAUCCCAAUGCAUGUUAACUGCUCUUAUCCUCUUCCACUAGAGAUGGCCUAGAAGACCAACUGUUGGGGGCUGUUGUAUCCAAGGAGAGACCAGAUUUAGAAAAACUUAAAUCUGACCUCACUCGCCAGCAAAAUGAAUUCAAGAUAAUUCUGAAAGGUUCGCUAAGGAUUAUGUGUUUUUGAAACAAUUUAAGUAACUACUAGCUACUAAUAGUUGUUGUGUUGUAAUUUUCUUAAACAGCAAAGUUCAUAUUUGUUACUGUGAAUUUUUACUGUAUUCAACUAAUUGGAUUUGUAGAUUAAAAAAAUCUCCAUCUUUAGUUUCAAAAUGCAAUUACUUUGACUUGCAUAGGUUUUGUUUAUUUAUUUGUUUGUCAUGUGAGGAUUUCUUUGUAAUGAGACAUCGCUAGCCUUGCAUGCAUUAAAGGAUAUUUAGCACAUGAAGGAAUUAUAAAAAAUGAAAGCUUUUUUUGUAAAUAAAAUAUUUUUUCCCCCCAUUUACUUGUUUUAAAAAUGAAUAUAUCAUAUAACUGUUCAGAUAUCAAAGUCCCAAAGGUAAUAUCCCAUGUAUGUAGAUAUUUGCUAGAGUCAGUCAUAGAGCAGAAUCAGAUUCCUGGACCAUAAGACAGGGUCGUGAAAUAAAUUCAGACUCAUCAAUUCAAGUCAAUAAAAAAGCUGGAUAUAAAUUUGUUACCUUGCAGGUUUGGAAGAUAAUCUUUUAGCAAGGCUGUCAACAGCUGAGGGAAACUUUCUGGGAGAUUAUGCCUUGGUGGAAAAUCUGGAGACAACGAAACGUACAGCAGCAGACAUUGAAGCCAAGUCGGCAGAAGCUAAAAUCACCGAAGUUGAGAUCAAUCUGGCCAGGGAAAACUACAGACCUGUUUCUGCAAGGGCAUCACUCUUGUAUUUU